UGUAAUUUGUGACAAUUCAAUUCAAAUCUGUUUUAUUUUUGUUGUACGCUACGCUUGAUUAAUAUUUAAUUUAAACGAAACAUGUCCGAGGAAGAAAUAGAAUAUUUAGAUGAAGAUGCUGAUAUCGUACAACAGUGCGUUCAAAAUGUAUCAUUAACCCAGAAACAGUUGGUGGAAACCGUAACACCGCAAACCCCAUUGCUAGUGGAAAGACAACCGGUUUCAAAGAAGAAAAAACGUAAAAUCGAAGAGGAUGAUUCCGAUUACGACCCCCGUGAAAAUAUUGUGCUUCCGCCUCCUAACCGGAAUAAGAAGAAAAAGUAUAAUCCAAUGAUGCCGAAACCUGCUGUGCCUAAGACCAGCACAUCACUUCCAUCGCAAAAAGUACAGUAUCGGCAAACAAAAAAGGUUAUACCUAGCACUGUUCCACUGCACACUCGUAGGAAAAUGACUAUUGGUAUUCCGGACUAUGAUGAUCCUCUAUGUUUGCCAGUAAGAGCGAUCAUUCGGAAUGCUAUUGAUAAAAAAAAGUUGAAGUCUUGGAAUGAUGCCUGCAUUUCACAUUUGAAGCACGCUGACAAGGUUUUAAAGCCUGAGAAAGGCGUGACUAAAGGAUCUUCGAGGAUGGUCGUGUUGAGAAAAGUUCUGAACAAAGACACUGGAAAGUACGAGAUUGCGGUGUGGACUAAAACAUGCGUGGAAAAUGAGAACGGAGCCAAGAAAUCUCAGAAUUUCCAAAGCAUACUGCCCAAAUUCUCCGAGAGGACAGUCCUGAAUGUCGAUGCUACAUCCAGAAAGCCUAAGAAAUAUCGCCAUGUAGAUGAGGUCAUAUUGACAAAGGAAACCUACAAGAAUGAAGACACAUUGGUGGUCUACAAAACUAAUGAACAUCUGUCAGCUUCUUAUGCUAUGACUAUACAGAACAACAGCUCGGAAGACAAAGACGGCGAGGAAAGCCCGCGGAAGUAUCUCCGCGAGGUGUCGUGUUGCGGGAUGUGCGCAGCCUGCUAUCAGCUGUCGUACCGCAAUGUGUCUCGGAAGGAAAAUAACUUGGCAGUAGUUUGUCCAGUGUGCAGUCGGACAUUCGUGAGUCUGUAUAAUUUGUUGACCCACGUCCGCUCCCACUCCAGCGAUGAUGUGAAGAUGUACAAGAAGGAAUUCUCAAAAUUACUGGCUCAGGUGGUCGGCUACCAUUACAAAUGUCGCUUAUGUCAAGAGCAAUGCGAUAGUAUAAGAAAUUUGAGACUCCACGUCGCUACGCACAAAGGUAAUAAGACGUUUGUUUGUGAGGUCGGGAAUCACGCAACAACUUAAUAUCAAUGUUAUAUUAUUCAGUUUACGUUGUAUUUAGAUAAAGUCAAUAAAAUAUCA